AUCUUGCAGUUAUCUCGAAAGGGGUUGCUAUCAAGUCUUGUGCUUGCAGUAGAGUAAAUAAAAGGGUCUCUCCAAUCAUUGCAAUUUGUAUCAGAAUUCAGUGUUCACUAUUCAUGGAUAGAGUGGGGCUAACUGCUUAAUGCCUUAAUUAAAUAGUCAGUUUCUUCUUCUUGUCCCCUUUUUAUCUUUUUGUUCGAUAAAGGGUCUCUCUUUCUAAAUUCUACUCCCUCUUAUCAACAUCACAUAAUCUUACGAACCCAUUUUAGAGGUGGAUAAAUUAACCAUAAAUCUGAUGCCUAUAAAUUGCUCAAGCUUGGCCACCAAAUUCCCACUUGUCUUCUUGGGACAAAGAGGAAGAUACCCUCCUAACUAUGCAGACAAAUUUAUCUACUUAUGCCCGUAUAGUAGAAGCUAUAAGAACAGUUCUCUGCAAGCCAAGUUAGACCACAGCCAAAGCCUUUCUUCUUCUUCAGUAAUGGAGGACCCAAAAAGUUUUGGUCUUCCUUAUCAAGAAUCAGAAAAAUACUCUAAAGAAUUGGAUAUUGCUGUCAGAGCUGUUCAGAUGGCAUGUUCUCUUUGCCAGAAAGUGCAGGACAGUUUGAUUUCCAAAACCAGCGCUCACGUCCAAGCCAAGGAUGAUAAUUCUCCUGUCACCAUUGCUGAUUGGAGUGUCCAAGCCACUGUCAGCUGGAUACUAUCCCAGUCCUUCGGAAGUAGGAACAUAUCAAUUAUUGCUGAGGAAGAUGUUCAAUCUUUGUCCAAGGCCGAUUCAGCUGGCCUAUUAGAAGCUGUAGCUCGAACUGUAAAUGAAUGUUUGGCUGAAGCACCCCGCUUUGGCGUUAAGGCUCCUGGAAAGUUUCUCAGCAAUUCAGAGGUUCUUGAAGCCAUCAGUCGUUGCAACUCAACUGGGGGUCCUACUGAACGAUUUUGGGCUGUCGAUCCUGUUGAUGGCACAUUGGGUUUUGUACGUGGAGAUCAAUAUGCUGUCGCUUUAGCAUUAAUAGAGGAUGGAGAGGUCGUGCUUGGAGUUCUUGGUUGCCCAAAUUAUCCAAUGAAAAAAGAAUGGUUAAAUUAUCACCAUCGCUACCAUAGAAUUAUAUCCAAGUUAACCCCACCAACAUCUGAAUCUUGGGACAAAGGCUGUGUAAUUUAUGCAAGGAAAGGUAGUGGAAAGGCUUGGAUGCAACCUAUACUCCAAGGACAUAAGAAGCUUGUGUGGCCAAACUCUGCAAGGCCAGUUCAAGUAUCCUCCAUUGACAAUCCGGCAUUAGCUACCUUUUGUGAACCAGUUGAGAAAGCAAAUUCAAGCCACUCCUUCACAGCAGGACUAGCUCACAGUGUUGGGCUUAGGAUGCAACCGUUACGCAUGUACAGCAUGGUGAAGUAUGCUGCCAUAGCUCGAGGAGAUGCUGAGAUUUUUAUGAAGUUUGCAAGGGCUGGCUACAAGGAAAAGAUCUGGGAUCAUGCAGCAGGUGUUGUUAUCAUACAAGAGGCUGGUGGUGUGGUUACUGAUGCAGGAGGGCGUCCCCUGGACUUCUCAAAGGGCAUCUACUUAGAAGGUCUUGAUCGAGGCAUAAUUGCUAGUGCUGGCGCCAAAUUGCAUGACACGAUUAUUAAGGCUGUUGAUGCUAGCUGGAACUCCUCUAGUCUGUAAGGUUAUUGUCACUAGAUAUCAAUAACAGCAAACUAGUUACUUACUAGACGGGGCAGGGGAAUAAAAAUACGUUAUUCUUUUCUUUUCCUCUCAUAUUUAUACAGCAGCAGGCAGGGCUUGUGGGAUUUCAUUCUAUGAAUAGCCACUGGGAUUUCAAUCUAUGUAUAGCUAUACAAUAACAAAGUUGUAAAGCAUGAUAAUUUUUUUUUCUUUCGAAAUACAAAGUUACAGGAAGCAUGUUGCAAGAA